AUGGUGAAGCUCUCCAGUCGUCGGCAGCGUCUCGGUCUCCCAGGAGAAGCGGGAGUCGCUGACGAGUCUCUUCGGGCUCCAGCCUACAGUGGCUCGUCCGGGUCUCCACCGCCGUGUGGGCACCUGCCUCUUCCUCGCUUCACCACUCGCGCUUUCCACAAAACCCGCCCAGCAGGCAGAGGGUGCAGGAACCUUCCGGCGACCUCGACAUCCGCUCCGGUGUCGCCCUGCGCGUCUCGGCCGCUUUCCCGUCUGUCUUCGAGAGUCGACCCAGCGCAUGCAACGGACAGCCGGUCUCCAAGCUCACAGGGUUCAGGGGUCUUGACGCGGGUUCUGUCUCUGCUUCGCUCCCCCAGCCGGCUCGGCUGCUGGGCACAUUCCCGAAACCCCGCCUCGCUCUCUCUCCCGCUUCUCCCUUCUCCCGGAUACGGCUCAGACCUGGCAGAGACGGAAAGCGCCCUUCCGCCGAUACACCACGAGAACAGAAGCACAGAGCGAGAAGAAAGACAAGAUACCGGCGGACACCUCCCGCGCCGCCCCCGUAAAACGCGUUCCUCUUCCGCGUCUCCGUCUUCUUCUCCCUCGUGCUCGUUCUCACCUUGCGACCCGUUGGCGCCGUCUCCGCGCGGCCGGGCCCUGUGGCACGGCGGCCUGAGGAGGCCCAGCGAAACCCCGCAGCGGCUGCGGAGCCUGCAGCGGCCAAAUGGCGAUGAGGCGCUGGAGACGACCGUGAGCGGGUGGAGCUGGGCCUCGUCGGUCUGCCCGGAGAGCCCCGCCUCGUUCGGGACCCGAUCGCCUCGCGAAUCUGUAGCCGCAGCUGUGCCUACAGACGCGAGGGCGCUGGAGGCGCAUCCCGCGUCUCGCUCCCCGGGGAGACAGGGGAGAACCCCCCGGGAAGACGAGAGCGAAGGCAAAGACCCCACGGAAGAAAAGGAAGGAGCGGACGGGGCGCAGACACCCAUUCGCGUCGAAGAGCUGAGUCUUUUCAGUGAGGGAAGCGCUUUCUCUCUGGUCGCUGGGCCUUCUUUUCGGGACAGCGAAGAGUCCACGGGACACGUGGAGGGAGUCGACCAAGGACGAGAGCGACACGGAAGAGAGCAAGAGACUGGCGAGGCCGCAGAGGACGAGAACGAAGACCUACAGAGAGUUCUGUGCGAGGUGGGUUCGAUUUCGGUCCUCUCAACCCCUUGUCGGUCCUCGGUGGUGUCUCUUGUCGAAAUCUCUGCGGCGUCUGCGUCGGUUGUUUUGGAAGACGAGGGGAGCGAGGAAGCGGAAACUCGCCAUGCACUUUCGCAACGGGACAGCCGCAGUGCUGAGGCGGACGGACAGUUUGGAAGAGGCAGCGAGGCCGACGAGGCAGGCGACGCGAGGCGUCCGAGCUCGACGGCGACGGAUUUGCGUCUGGAUUUUUUCGCCGUUCCCAGCUCGUCGUUGCUGACUUCGCCCGAAACUGUGAGACAGGACUGUCCAGACAUGCCGCGCCUGCGCUCCGCUGGCGCCACGUGCGGACCUGAAGACUUCGAGGCCGCAGUUCUCUCGUCGUUCGACGACUCGGGCGACGUACCAGGAGAAGGCGCCGUCGUUCCUCUCCGUCCCUCCCCUUCCGGCUCUCGGGCGACAUCUCGAUCCCGAGAACCGCGCACAGAGGGAAGCGGUGCAUCACUCUCUGCGUCGCCUUCCUUUCCGCCGUCGUUCCCCGCUGCAGAUUUGUUCGGCCCUUCCUCGCGGCACGGGGCCGGUCUCGACAGCCUGCCCCCGCAGUUGGCUGUAACGUCGCAUCUGCAUGCGCCCCCGUCCGAGCGCUCCGGCCCAGGUCAGCGCGUCUCCGCCUCCAGCUCUGCGCUGGGCCUCGAGUCUUCUCUCUCAGCCCCGCCAGAGGGGCGAAGCGAAAUCGACUCGUUUCCAGUGCGACGCGCAGGCCGCCGAGCAGUUGUGGUCCACGACGGUGUCUCCUCGCGAAACGGCCGCAGGCGGAGUCUCGAGGUGUCCCGUCUCUUCUCCGCGAUCGGGGACCUCGUCGCGGAGGCCCGAGAGGAGGCUGGGCGCGCAGCAGCCGAAAGAGCCGAACGAGCAGAGAGAGCAGAGGGAGUCGAGAGACCGGAGGGAGAUGACAACCUUGACGCGGCGAGCGAUACGGAAGGCCUCUCCCUGCAUCUGGACUGGGAAGCCGUGCUGGGCCCUCUGGAUCCCGCGGAACUCCAUCGCGCCGCCACAGCCGCUGCUGCUCAAGCUGCUGGCGAAGAAGGGACAGUCUCUCUUCUCCGCGCAUCGCAGACCUGCGACAGCGGAGCAGACCCGCUCCUGAGUGUCUCGAGGAGCGUCGCGAUUCUCUGGGAGGCGAACAAGGCCAGGCGACGGAGAGAAUGCAUGCAGCGUGGGUUCCUGAAAACGGUCGACGAGGUCCCCUUCACGUGCCCGGUGUGCCUCGAGUGCUUCGCGAGUUCUGGCGGGAGCGCGGGCACCUCAGCCGAUGCUCGCGAGCGCGCCAAGGGGAACUGCGUGGUGGGGGGGAGGGAACAGCCCAGUCAAGAAGGGGAGAAAACGGGAAAACUCGAGAGGGAAAAGAAGAGCGCUGUGGAGUUGGAGCGUGAGAGACGAGGAGAGGAAGCGGCAGAGAGCGAGCACGGGGCUAUGGAGUUGGACGGGCGGGUUGCGAAUCGUCACAGGUCGCCGGCUGUCGAAGCCGCAGCCAGACGAGAGGAAGGAGAUGCGCAAAGAGACGAGGAAGCAAGACAACCUGCCCGUGGGCUGGCUAAUCGGCAGGGAUCAACGGCAGAGCUUGAAAUCCAGGACGGUACCUCGUGCACGGUUCCAGUCCGGGCGACUCCGAGCGCAGGAGGAUCCGAGACUAGACACUCGAGCGGUGACGGAGAGUGCCUCGCCGACCUAUCUGCACGCUCCAGUGGAGAAGCGAAUGACCGGAACGACCCGGAGGAUGCACACGUUCCGGCAGACGCCGGCAGUCUCCCGCGCUCCGAAAACACCAGCGGGAGAGAAGACUUUGGAGAGGAGGAAGUUUCGGUCCCAGCAGAACGGACAGCCGUGAGGCUGUUGCGGCCCGACGGCCGGACGCCCUCGCCGCUCCGCGGUUCCGGCGGAUAUACACCGCACCGUCCCGGUGCGCGUCGGCGCGCGGUCCAGAGCGUCGGGGCGAAGAGCAAAGAAGACGCGGAAGGGCGCGAAUCGGCGGAGACGAAACUUCUCGAGAUCAUUUCCAUGGCUGGGCGAUGUCACCACGAAGUCUGCAGCUGUUGCGCCGGAGAGUGGGUGAAACACCAACUGCUCAGCAGCGUGGCGCCUGCUACGUGCCCAGUGUGCCGAGCGGGACACUUUGACGUCAGCGCUGUCCGUUUCCUCGCCGCGACUCUGGGCGAAUGGCUGCAGUACGAGGGCCUUCUGCAGGCGGGGCGCAGCCUGCCUCCGGUGCUCUCCGCCAGUAGCCCGCAGUCAGCCUCCGAGGCGCUGCCCGAACACGAGACGCGGGACCCGGAAACCGCGCGAGAAGAGCUGGAGCAAGACGAAGAAGCCGCGACGGACUCUCGGCGACAGUCCGUCAACGACUUACUCAGCCUUCUUCUCCCCCCCGAGCACGCCGAGAGGCAGCACGAGCACCAGCAAGCCCUCCUCGAAGACGACGUCUUCGUCCACGGCUUCCGCAGAUGCCCAGGAUGCGGCAUUGCGAUCCAGCGUGUGGGGUCGCUCGACGAUGUCGUCUGCCGGUGCGGCUGUCGCUUUUGCUUCGCCUGCGGGGAGUCUCUGCCUUCACAGUCCUUCUGGGCGCUCCUGCAGCACCGCCGGUCGUGUCGCACAGCCUCCUUCUCCUUCGGGUCUCCCUCCCUGACGCGCUCCUCCCAGAACCGGUCCUCCCGUGUGUCUUCUUCCUCUUCGUCGCCUACCUAUUCGUAUUCUGCCACGUCUUCGGAGGCUGCCUCGGCCUUCCCGUCGUUCGGCGUGACGGUUCGCGGACGGCCCGGAGGCGGAGACGCUGCUGCGCGAAGCGGUGCGGAGACGUCCCCGGGGGGCAUCGGAGCUGUGGGGGCGAGCCUGGCCUUCCUGUUGAGAGGCCGCGAGGGCGUCAACGGCGGUUCGUUGUUCGGCAGGCUUCUCUGA